AUGUUCUUGGUACCGACGUUUUUCGGGCUGUGUAGACUUGCAUUGCUUGUCACUCGGGCGUCUACGAGGGUCAUUGCACAUGCUGAACAACAAGCACUUCCGCGCGCUACGCCAGCAACGUCGGUGACUACAGAGCCUGAGCAUGAGCCGGACUGCUCUGCGUUUGUGCUCACCAUUCCCGGUGGUGGCGUAGUCGACGCGGAGCCAGCCCCCUGGACGAAGGCGCGCCUGGAUGCGGCGGCAGAUUACUUCAAUCGGACGUGCAAGAACGGAGACACUACCAGUAGUACGGAAGAACAAGGUGUUGAAGCUACGUCCAAAGUAGUGCGAAGAAAUCAAAAAUGCUUCUUCGCGCCCUUGUCCGCCGGAACGCCGCACUUGCCCAUGCCCAUCGACCCGACCACUGGAAAGACCCUGACCGAAAGCGGUGCGGCGGCGAAGUAUCUCGUGAAGAAACACAAUGUGUCGCCGGACCGCAUCCUCGAGGAGGGGGCAAGUUUGGACACGAUCGGAAACGCAUACUUUCUCCGGGUCAUCCACCUCGAGAUGCUUCUGAAAACGCAUAAAUUGGUAACCGUUGUGGUCUUCACCUCCGAAUUCCACAUGCCCAGAACAAAAGCGAUCUUCGAGCAUGUGCUGAAACUCCCGUGGACAAGUUCUUCUAUACCCGCUGGCGCCAUGACAACUGCUGGUGUUGAAACUGUAGCUGCGAGGACUUGUGCCGAAGACGAAGAUGCAUCCAAAGAUGGCGACUCCUCGCAUCAAGGAACUACCGAUCAUAAUGGAAUCAGCCUCGAGGAGAACAAAAACACGAAUAAGAAAUGCCUUGUCGCAGCAGAUGGCACUAGUGCCCCACCAGCAGUAUCCACCGGUAGUACAUCAACAUCAUGCGUCGUAAACAAUCCGGACAGCAACUUGCCCAGUUUCCAAACCGAAUUUGUGGCUACGGAAAAUCGCGGGCUGACAGAAGAUCAGGCAAAACUGCGAAAAGAGCGUGAAGUGCAAAGCCUGGAAACAUGGCGCUCUCGGACGCAACCAAAGCUGAAUUCGGUGGUAGAUUUGCACUCUUUCGUGUUUCAAGACCACGGAGCCUACGCGGCGAAACGCUUCGCGGUCGAAGAACAUAUCGGCGCUCCCGUCGAUCUUGAUGAGGUCAGGCGAACUUAUCGAUGAGGACAUUUUUGUUUCGAGCGUAUGUGUACAAAGAUUGUUGAACAGCAGAAAAAGAAGAUUGAUUCCAGCGCACACUGAAAUUUAGCAGACAGAUAUCAGCUCAAAGCAUCGAGACUUUUGACGUUUUAUCCUCGUCAAGUUCAUACAAACAUCAAGCAAGCUUGUAUGAAGUUAAAGUUCUAC